AUGCUGCCAAAAAGGAGAAUAUUAUUUUACAUCGUGUUUGUUUCUUCGGUGGCUACUUUUCUCUAUUCAUUCUCGAACACAUUUUUGCACCUGGAUAGUACACUCCAAACUCUUUCUAAAAAGAGAGAUGAGACGGCCAAUGCAUUACAGCGUCAUGUUACUACUACACAGAGCAUACAAUAUCAUACUGUGAAUUCGAAAGUUAACUCUACCACGAUCCAAAAGCCUCCGCCUGAAGAGCCACCUAGUUGGAGAAAUAGAUUUCAUUGGGAGUCCAAAUUAGACCAGCAUGACUAUCGCAUCCUCAUUAGCCCUCGAAAUAAAUGCAACCAAUCGGAAAAGAUAACUUUGCUAAUCCUCGUCAAGACAAGAGUGAGUAGCGUAAAAGUUAGGAAUAUUAUCAGAGAAACAUACGGCCAGGGAAUAGUGAAAUAUAAUGUGUCUGCAACGAUUCUAUUUCUACUUGGAAUAGAAAGUGAAUAUAAUGUAACUGCACAGGUUGAUCUCCAGAAUGAGGCUGAUCUACACGGAGAUAUUCUUCAAGAGGACUUCAUAGAUACCUACUACAAUCUAACUAUCAAACUUAUUAUGGGUUUCAAAUGGGCAUCGACAUCCUGCAGUAAUACUUACUUUGUAAUGUCAACAGAUGAUGAUUGUAUCGUCGACGUUGUUAACCUUGCCAAUGAUCUCGAAGCAAACACAUCUUCGACGUUUCUUUCGAAGUUUGCCCUGGCCGAGCGAGCUAUCAACUGGAAAACACCGCGAGAUCCUCGCAGUAAGUGGUACACUCCACGGGAAUUGUUUUCGGGUGAUACCUGGUUACCCUUUCCUCGUGGAUACGGUUAUGUUGUUUCUAGAAAGGUGGCUCACCUUCUUUACCAAGCCUCUCAGAAGAUUGCUCCACCUGCACCCUGGGAUGAUGUCUACUGUGGUAUACUCUUACAUUCAUUGGGGAUAGAGAUGGAAGAUAUCAUAGUUUGGUUUAAGAACAAGCAUGCAUCAUUGAAUGUUCAGGGCCACUAUGUGACUGGUUUAGAUGAAAAUGCAGUGGACACAUGGAGAGCAGUUGAAAAUAGGUACCAAAAGUAA